CCCCGCCUCUAUGUAAAUGAAGUGGGCGGAUUCGCCAAUCCGCGGGCGGGCUGGCGCCGUCACGUGGCGCGGCGCUUCCUUUCUCUGUGCGCCUCUCUUUCCUUCUUUAGCCGCCAUCUUGUUCUCGCCGCGUGUUGGUAGCGGGGGCUCUGCCGCGCUCAGACGUAGCACUAUGAACCAAGAAAAACUGGCCAAGCUUCAAGCGCAGGUCCGAAUAGGAGGAAAGGGAACAGCUCGCAGAAAGAAGAAGGUGGUGCACAGAACAGCUACAGCUGAUGACAAAAAACUUCAAAGUUCCCUCAAAAAACUGGCAGUAAAUAACAUUGCUGGCAUUGAAGAGGUGAACAUGAUAAAAGACGAUGGAACAGUUAUUCACUUCAACAACCCCAAGGUUCAAGCUUCCCUCUCUGCCAACACUUUUGCAAUUACUGGUCAUGCAGAGGCUAAACCGAUCACAGAAAUGCUUCCGGGCAUCUUAAGCCAGCUUGGUGCUGACAGCUUAACAAGUCUCAGGAAGUUAGCUGAACAAUUCCCAAGACAAGAAACUAUGAGCUUCAUGGAAGAUGUGUGGCAUCACUGCUGCUGCUGUCCCCCAUCCUUUGGCUCUCCCUGCCCCAGCACUCACCGGGCUCCUCCCUGCGUCCUCUCUCCUCCUACCGAGACCGGCAGCUUUCCCUCUCCUCCUUCAGGUUCACAGACCUGCGGAUCUGGAGGAACUGGUGAAAGAAAUAAUGAGAAAAAAAUGAUAUUACAGCAUUGCCCCUCCGGGCCCCAGUGCUGCACACCAGUGUCUGUGAGGCACAGAGAUGGGAUGUGUCCCUGUUCGCUGAGCUCUGGCAGCACAAGCAAUACAGGGAGUCAGAAAUUGCAGUUUUUGACCUUCACCUGUUUAUUUUGUCUGUGUUCCCACCUUGGACUUCGAUUUCUAUUUAGGUGCCUCCCACACCACCACAGAACAGCAGAGCUUCUCUAACUCAGUAACACGGCCUCCUCAGCUCUGCCCAUAACCCUCACCCUGUCAAUAGGGACAGGACUGAGGAAUUCAAAACUGAAAAUGACACCAUAUAAAGAUGCAGAGAAACUUGUGAUUUAAAGAUAAAUUCAAAACAUCAUAAUCUGUACAGAAGAAGGAAAGGAUGUAUAUAGCAGAAAUAAACAGAAUUGAGGGUUACAUAGAGAACAAUUUUUCUUCCGUGAGGGGAAGAAGGGGUAUCAACUUAAAUUGUGCAGUAAAGCAUUUACAUCUGCUGGAAGAAAAUACUUUUAAAGUACCACAAUUAAUGCAUGGAACUCACUGUUACAAGACAUCACAGACUAAAACAGGAUUUAAAAUGAUUAGAUGUUUUUCUGUGUAAAAUGUGUCUCCAUUUAUACAAGUACAAUGAUGAACAGAUUUGUUUGAUUUGAGUACUGAAUUUGUAAAAAAUUCUGACAGCUUUUUUGGUCAUAGAAUACAGUUAUGCUGGAAGAAACGAAAGAAAAGACACAUCAAAAUAUAUCACUUCAAAAGUCAUAAUAAUGAGUUAUUUAAUAAUACCAA